CAGACCGUCAUCAUCACUUGCCUAUGUCAUGUCAUAUCUCCUUCCAUUCUAUUCCACAAGUCUUUAGUCUGUGUAGACAGACACAAAGUGUCAAGGCGAACGCGACUAAAAUUUACAACCGUCAAGUGAACUACUGGGUGUUUUUUGUGAAAUUGCCGGUUUGUUGUUUAUUACGAUCAAUAACUAUUUAAAAAUUCGUUUUUUGUUAUUGAAGUUAAUCUAAUUAUUAGAAGAUGUCUAUUAUUGGAAAGCCGAUUCUAUAUUCCUACUGGCGAAGUUCCUGUUCUUGGAGAGUUCGAAUAGCGUUGCAUUUGAAGGAAAUUCCGUAUGAUAUUAAACCGGUAUCAUUGAUUAAAUCAGGAGGAGAACAUCAUUCAAACGAAUUUCGUGAAAUAAACCCUAUGGAACAAGUACCUGCUUUGCAGAUCGAUGGUGUCACUUUGGUGGAAUCGCUUAAUAUAUUGCAUUAUUUGGAGGAAACUCGACCUCAAAGGCCUCUUUUACCCCAUGAUGUUGUUAAAAGAGCAAAGGUCAGGGAAAUAUGCGAAGUGAUCGCCUCUGGUAUACAACCUCUACAAAAUUUAAUUGUACUGAUACAUGUCGGUGAGGAAAAAAAGAACGAAUGGGCUCAACAUUGGAUUAGUAGAGGUUUUCGAGCUGUGGAAAAAUUACUAUCGCAAAGCGCGGGAAAAUACUGUGUCGGUGAUGACAUUACGUUAGCAGACUGUUGCCUAAUUCCGCAAGUAUUCAACGCGAGAAAAUUCCACGUUGAUCUUCGACCGUUCCCUAUCAUAUUGAGGAUCGACAGAGAAUUAGAAAACCAUCCUGCAGUUCGAGCCGCUCAUCCUAGUAAUCAGCCCGAUUGUCCACCCGAAGUUACUAAAUAAUCAACACUUUGAUCGAUAUUUUU